GGAUUCAGUGACUUGUGAACAGCAGGUCACAACGUGCCUGGCCCCCUCUCAUCCGGCGUCCACUGGCCAUCCAACGGCUGAAACAAAGUAAAGGCAAAGUCUACACGCAGAUACGGACCAGCUGCAGCGCCUCGCUGCUUUUCCCUUGAGGGCGGGCAAGAUUGAGACUUUUCGCGGGCCUUCUCGAUUCAGCUCGGUCGUUCCCGCCGCGCCGCUGCAGAGGAGAGAACGGGCCGUCGCGGCGGAGAAGCAGGGCUCCGGCGGGAGAAGUGGAGGGGAGCCGCGCCGCUGCUGGGUUGAGAGGAUUUCCUCGCGGCGGAGAAGAAGGGGUCGGCGUGCAGCGCCGCCGCGGAGGACUGCCGGCGCCAAACCAGAUGGUCUUCGCGGCGCCCCGGAGGAGGCCAGCGCCACCACGGCCAUCCUGAUGAUCUUCAACGCGAAGCCCUCAAGGAUCAGUCCGUGGAUUCAGUUUUUGAAGCUGGCCACCGAGAGAAUUUGAGUGAUAAACUAUGCAUUUGGGUGUUGUCUGUGUUAGUCCAAUUUAACUGAAUUUGAGUAUUCUGCUGUGUGAGAGGGAAGCAAUGACAGAACCUGAUAAGUGGAUACCUAAAGUUGGUUUGAGAUUCAAAACUCCAGAUGAUGCUUGGCAGUUUUGGCUAGCAUAUGGGGGUCGAGCAGGCUUUGAUGUGAGGAAAAGAAAUACUAAUUUGAGCAAAAUUGAUGGUAAAGCGACUUCAUGCAAAUAUGUUUGUUCCAAUGAGGGCGUUCGGAAAAAAGGGCAAACUGAUCAUGUGCCAAAGCUUUUUAGAGCUGAAACGAGGACAAAGUGUGAUGCCCAGAUAAUUAUUUCAUUGGAUCGGAUGACUGGAAAUUAUGAAGUCAUCAAAGUUGUGCUACAGCAUAAUCACUUACUUCAUUUGCCGCAAACCCGACACUUGAUGGCAUCACAAAGGAAAAUUUUGGAACUUCAAGCUUUUGAAAUAGAAACCGCCGAUGAUGCUGGAAUUAGGCCAAAAGCUGCACAUGACUUGGCUUGUCUUCAAGUUGGUGGGCCACUAAACCUCACCUACACUUGUCGUGACCAUAAGAAUCAUCUACGGAGCAAGCGACAACGAGAGGACAGUAGAAGUAAAAAGAAGUAAGGAACUAGAAUCUGAAUUUGAGGCAAGGAAGAACGUACCAAGGAUCAAAAUGGCCACACCUAUGUUGGUGGAAGCAAGCAAAGUGUACACUCCGGUUAUUUUUGAAACUUUUCAAAGUGAAUAUGAAAGAUCCAUGGCGGCUUGCGCCAAAGCAUUGGAUGGAAAUAACAAAUAUGUUGUUUCUAUUGGGAGCUUGGAUGGAACAUUUGAGCAAGAGCGCAUAGUCAUCGGUGAUCCUUUGGCCCAAACAGUUUCAUGUACUUGUGGAAUCUUCGAGAGGACAGGAAUAUUGUGUGCACAUGGUCUGAAAGUGCUUGACUUGAUGAAUAUAAAGACAUUACCAUCACACUAUGUGUUAAAGAGAUGGACUAGAGAAGCACAAAAAGGAAGUAUAUUGGAUAGGCAAGGAAGAAAUGUGGUAGAAAAUCUGAAACUAGAAGCUAUGCUUCGAUACAAGAAUCUAUCCCAUAAAUUUCUCACUUUGGCCAAAAAAAUAGCCAGCUCUGAAGAAUGUUGUUUGUUGUUAGAAAAUGCACUUGAUUCCGUUUCUCCACAGUUGGAGGAUAAACUCAAUGCAUCUUCUACUGCUACAAAUGAACCAAGCAAUGGACAAGAAAAUGUUGACCCAAAUGUUGUGCAACAAACAACCGAUUUUCUGAAUGCCGCACAACUAAAGAAAAAGGAGGUUAAAUCCAAAAACUCAAAGAGAGCCAAAAGUUGGAUUGAUAAGUUGCAGAAGGGAAAGCGCAAGUCAACUAAAUCUUCCACAUCAACAAAAGGAGUAAAGCAGAAACAAAAGAAGAAUGAUGCUGUACAACCUCAUGUAGAAGUGGAGAAUGAUGGCAACAAGAAAGGAGCAAUUGUGGUGCAUGAAGAAUACAAUGUUAUUGGUAGUUUUACCCAGCUCUUGACAGCUCCGGCUUGUGAUGAUGAUAGUCUCUAUGACGGAAAUCUAUUCUAGUAUCUAGAAAUUGGUAUAUAGGAUUUUGGUGCUAACUUUUGGUAGACUGUGAGUAUUUUGGAGACUAACUAUAGUCUUUUAGGCCAAAGUGUACAAGUGUAACGGCCUACUUUAAGUAUGCAAAUCAUUGUCAAUGAUAGCACUUGUUGCUACAGAUUUGACUGUUAAGGGUCUUCUCCUUCAAAUAUAAUCUCUGUUCAAUUUGAGUUCA